UUGGGGGUGUGACUCCCGAAGUUAGAAACGGGAAGAGAAUGCAGACAGGAAAGAAGGAAGUGGGAAGGAAAGAGGUGGGAUGCGUCUCACCCGCUUGCUGCGUCCUCCCUUUCCUGCCCCCCCCGGCUGAGAAAUUCCAUGGCGUAACCGGUUGGAUUAUCUACGGCAGCUUCACGAGCCACCUCGGGAAAAUCGAAUCAGCAAAACAUUAGCUUAGCUCGCCGGCUAGCUUCAAGUCCGCCGCUCUUCGUCAAAUCAUCCAAUGAGCCGUAAAAGAAAUCCGACUUUUUCGGGCACUCACCUGUCGCCCGAACGACAAGGGGCCGCCUUCAUGGAGCCUCCCGGCUCGACGUGCCGCGCCGACGGCGAUUUCCUCAACCUGGAGCCCGACGAAGAGCUUCUGUGCUCGGUGAGCUCGGUCAGCGAACACCUGGGCAGGAACAUCAGCGCCGCGCUGGACGCCGCCAUGACCGAAAUCCGACAUUUGCUCGCCCUCAGGAUAAGAGCGCUCAAGAUGGAGCUGAGGGACAAAAGCGACGAGAUCGCUUUGUUGAAAGCCCAGCUAAGCGACGUCCACAGGGAUGCCAAAGUGGCCGCUCCUGAUGCUGCGGAGGCUCCUGAUGCUGCGGAUGCUCCUGACGCCGCCGCCGCCGCCGCCUUUCGGAGCUCCAAGAUGCUCAGCGUGGACCCGAAAAGAGAGAAAAAGUCCCUCCUGCCUGGGGUGAAGAAAGAGAACAUUGACGCUAUUUGCGACUAUCUGAUGAAGGACAAGAACUCGAGAGGGGCCACGGAGGCGGAGGGAGGCGGAGAGCAGGGCGGCCACGAAGAGGAUCCGCAUCCUCCUCUUCACCUGUGGCCGGACGGAGGGAUGGGCGGGUCCGGGCCUGCCGGACACGCCGACGACAUCUUCAACAUGCUGCCUUCCAGCAGCAGACGUUUGUACGACUACGAGUGGAUGGCACCCAUGGAGUACUCGUCGGACCUAAAGGCUGGGAAGCAGCCCGAGUGCGAGAACGAGAACGAGGAGGAAGAAAGCUCUUCAGAACAGCCCCGCUUCCCGCACGUCCAGCCCGCCGAUUUCUCCGCGGUGCCCGCUUCCCCUGGCGAGGGCGGAACGCACCCGCAACCCGAGGCAGGCCAGCAGUUCCCCAACCACACCUUCAUCUGCUCUUUGUGCGGAACUUUUUGUCCCGACUCGGCGUUCCUGGAGGAACACGUGAAACUCAUACACCCCGACGCGGCCGGCGCCCCGGCUCUCCAGGCCCCGCCGACGGCCGUGGGGGAGAAAGGGCGGGCGACUGACGACGGCAAAAAGGAGGCCCAGCUCAAGGGCAGGUACGAGUGCGGGGACUGCGGUCGCCAUUUUAACUACCUGGGCAACCUGCGGCAGCACCAGCGCAUCCACACCGGGGAGAAGCCCUUCGUGUGCCCGGACUGCGGGGAGCGCUUCCGCCACGCCGCCCGCCUCAAGAGCCACAGGCUGGUUCACAGCGGCGCCCAGAGCCCCUUCCCCUGCCUCCAGUGCGGCAAAGGCUUCUCUGUCCUUUCCGGCCUCAAGAGACAUCAGCGGGUCCACACGGGCGAGAGCCCCUACGCGUGCCCGCAGUGCGGUCGGCGCUUUAAGGAGCUGGGCAACCUGUACACCCACCAGAGGAUCCACAGCGGCGCCACGCCGUACUGCUGCCAACAGUGCGGGCGCAGCUUUCGCCACCUGGGAACCUACAAGAGUCACCGGUGCACGCCCGCGCAGUGACCCGAAGAUCGCGUGACUUUCGGGUCGCGUACCGCCCGCAAUGAACUCACCGGGACACUCGACGGACCCGGGGGGGUGGGGCGUCCUCGCCGUCCGCUCGCGCUCUUCAGAUCACGCCCCGCGAACGCAGGGAACGAUCGAAUGAGCCGCUCGACCCGUGUUCUGGACUUGGGGGAUCCGUCGCCGUUCGCGCUUUGUGCACAAAUGUAGUCGUGUUUAACCUGCAUUACAUAAAGUUACAAACCACGUAUUGCCAAUCUCGUUCCGGAAUAACUGAAGUCAAUGCUAACCACUGACGAGCUCCCUUUUUUUUUUAAAAAAAUAAAAUAAAAACCUAUCAACCAGUC